AUGCGGUACUCUCCGAUUCAAAAAGUUGUCUACCGUAGUUAUUUCUGGUUUAUCGCUUUUCUCAUUGUUGUCGCUUAUUCAAUUUUAUCAACUGGAUAUAUUAUCUAUUUAUUAAGGGAUUUAUACCAUGGAGCCGCUCAUGAUCUUCGAUUGAUCGACGAAAAUUUACGUACGCUGAGUAAAAACCUAUCUUUAUGUCAUGAUGGGAAAUUAAAAAUCCCAGUUAUGUGCCAGAGUGGAUGGAAAUAUUUGAAGAAAACGAAUUCCUGCUAUAGAGCUUUCGAUGUUGAGUUAAGCUUUACGGAUGCACGAGCGAUUUGCAAAGAGAGCACAAAUGAUCGCUCACAAGUCGAUUUGGUGUCAAUACAGAGUUUAGAAGAGAAUCAAUUCGUUUACGAUCUCUUUCCUGAAGCAAAGGGAGCUGCGUGGAUCGGUUUAGAGAAAUUCGCUAAAAUCCCCGACUUUGAUGGGUGGACAAACGGGAAAGUGCUCAACUAUCGUCUAUGGGGAAAUGGAGAACCGGGAAAAGAUGAUGGACAUUUGGGAGCUGUGAUCCAACUCGGUUAUGGAGAUCUCGAUUGGCAACACUGGAAAACGGUUGACAUCAUGAAAAAACAUCAAUUCGUUUGUCAGCAACGAUUGGAAAAAGAAACAAGAGAUUACCUAGCAAAACAAAAACGGGAAAAAGCGAUGAGCAAAUGCAUGGAUUGUAUGUGCGCACAGGAGAAUUGUCAAAAUGAUAUCGGUUGUGUGGAGGUUUGGGGGAGGACAGCUUGUGGAAACUAUCAGAUUACUUUUGACUAUUACAUCGAUUGCGGAAUGCCUAAAUGGAUGGGCAUGAUCGAGACGCAAGAAGAAGCUUGGAAAAGAUGUUCUCAAGAUAUUUCUUGUUCACGAGAAUGUAUUGCGAACUAUUACAAUCGAUGGGAAACAAAUUGUCCAAAUAAAACAAUGACGAUUUGCGAGAGAAUGAUACGAUUGCAUAAAGGAGGUCCAAACGGAUGCAACCAAAAUAUGACGCUGCCUUUUUGGAACGCGGCAAGGGAUAAAUGUUCA